UUCGACUAAAUGAUUUCUGUAACUGUUUUCAGAACUGGAGAAGCACAUUGAAGACAUGCAUGUCCUGAUUACCACCCCAUUCCACCCAGCUUAUGUCACUGCAGAGAGGAUAAAGAAGGCGAAGAAUCUUGAGCUUCUUCUCACGGCAGGAAUCGGCUCCGAUCAUAUUGAUCUUCCAGCAGCUGCUGCUGCGGGCUUAACUGUGGCUGAGGUCACUGGAAGCAACACUGUCUCUGUGGCAGAAGAUGAGCUCUUGCGCAUUCUGAUUCUGCUCAGGAACUUCUUGCCUGGGUACCAACAGGUAGUUCAAGGUGAAUGGAACGUAGCAGGCAUUGCCCACGGAGCUUAUGAUCUUGAAGGAAAAACUGUUGGGACUGUUGGGGCUGGUCGUAUUGGCAGGCUCUUGCUUCAGCGUCUUAAGCCCUUUAACUGCAACCUACUUUACCAUGACAGACUUCAGAUUGACCUAGAGCUUGAGAAAGAAAUUGGGGCCAAAUUUGAGGAGGACCUGGAUGCUAUGCUUCCAAAGUGUGAUGUGAUUGUGAUCAACACACCUCUUACGGAGAAAACAAGAGGCAUGUUUAACAAAGAGAGGAUUGCAAAGAUGAAGAAAGGUGUAAUUGUUGUGAAUAAUGCUCGAGGAGCAAUCAUGGAUGCUCGAGCAGUCGCAGAUGCAUGUUCUAGCGGUCACAUUGCUGGAUAUGGUGGUGAUGUGUGGUUCCCAUAGCCAGCACCAAAGGAUCACCCCUGGCGCUACAUGCCUAACCAUGCCAUGACCCCUCACAUAUCUGGGACUACAAUUGAUG